ACGUGGACGUGGAUGGGUCGUGGACGUGGAUGUGGACGUGGACGUGGACGUGGAUGUGGACGUGGACGUGGACAUGGUCGUGGACGUGGACGAAGACGUGGUCGUGGACGUGGACGUUGACGUGGACGUGGUCGUUGACGUGGACGUGGACGUGGACGUGGAGGACGUGGACGUGGACGUGGAGGACAAGGACGUGGACGUGGACGUGGACGUGGACCUGGAUGUGGACGUGGACGUUGACGUGGACAUGGUCGUGGACGUGGACGUGGACGUGGAGGACGUGGACGUGGACAUGGAGGACGAAGACGUGGACGUGGACGUGGACGUGGACCUGGACAUGGACGUGGACGUGGACUUGGACGUGGUCGUGGACGUGGACGAAGACGUGGACGUGGACGUGGACGACGUGGACGUGGACGUGGAGGACGUGGACGUAGACGUCGACGUGGACCUGGACGUGGACGUGGACGUGGACGUCGACGUGCACCUGGACGUGGACAUGGACUUGGACGUGGACGUGGACGUGGACGUGGACCUGGACCUAGACGUGGACGUGGACUUGGACGUAGACAUGGACUUGGACUUGGACGUCGUGGACGUGGACGUGGACAUAGACAUAGACGUAGACCUGGACGUGGACGUAGACGUGGACGUGGACCUGGACGUGGACGUGGACGUGGAUGUGGACGUGGUUGUGGACGUGGACGUGGUCGUGGACGUGGACGUGGUCUUGGUCGUGGACAUGAACGUGGUCGUGGACGUGGACGUGGACGUGGACGUAGACGUGGUCGUGGACGUGGACGUGGACGUGGACGUGGUCGUGGACGUGGACGUGGACGUGGUCGUGGACGUGGACGUGGACGUGGACCUGGACCUGGACGUGGACUUGGACGUGGACGUGGACGUGGACAUGGACGUGGUCGUGGACGUGGACGUAGACGUGGUCGUGGACGUGAUCGUGGACGUGGACGUGGAUGUGGACGUGGUCGUGGACAGGGACGUGGACGUGGACCUGGACGUCGACGUGGACUUGGACGUGGACGUGGACGUGGACGUGGUCAUAGACGUGGACGUGGAGGUGGACGUGGACGUGGGCGUGGACGUGGAUGUGGACGUGGUCGUGGACGUGGACGUGGACGUGGUCGUAGACGUGGACGUGGACGUGGACGUGGUCGUGGACGUGGUCGUGGACGUGGACGUGGACAUGGACGUGGACGUGGUCAUGGACAUGGACGUGAACGUGGUCGUGGUCGUGAACGUGGACGUGGACGUGGUCCUGGACGUGGACGUGGACGUGGACGUGGACGUGGACGUAGGCGUGGUCGUGGACGUGGAUGUGGAUGUGGACUUGGACGUGGACGUGGACGUGGUCGUGGACGUGGACGUGGACGUGGACGUGGUCGUGGACGUGGACGUGGACGUGGACGUGGUCGUGGACGUGGAUGUGGACGUGGACGUGGUCGUGGACGUGGUCGUGGACAUGGACGUGGACGUCGUCGUGGACGAGGACGUGGACGUGGUCGUGGAUGUGGACGUGGACGUGGACGUGGAGGACGUGGACGUGGACGUGGAGGACGAGGACGUGGACGUGGACGUGGACGUGGACCUGGACGUGGACGUGGACUUGGACAUGGACGUGGACGUGGACGUGGUCGUGGACGUAGACGUGGACGUGGUCCUGGACGUGGACGUGGACGUGGUCUUUGACGUGGACGUGGACCUGGACGUGGACGUGGACGUGGACGUGGACUUGGACGUGGACGUGGACGUGGACAUAGACGUGGACCUGGACGUGGUCGUGGACGUGGUCGUGGACGUGGACGUUGACGUGGACGUUGACGUGGUCGUGGACGUGGACGUGGACCUGGACGUUGACGUGGAUUUGGACGUGGACGUGGACGUGGAUGUGGACGUGGACUUGGACGUGGACGUGGACGUGGACGUGGUCGUGGACGUAGACGUGGACGUCGACGUGGAGGAGGUGGACGUGGACGUGGAGGACGUGGACGUGGACGUGGAGGACGUGGACGUGGACGUGGAGGACGUGGACGUGGAGGUGGACGUGGACGUUGACGUGGAAGUGGACGUGAACGUGGACGUGGAUGUGGAUGUGGACUUGGACGUGGACGUGGAAGUGGACGUGGACGUGGACGUGGUCAUGGACGUGGACGUGGACUUGGACGUGGACGUGGACGUUGACGUGGAGGACGUGGACGUGGACGUGGAGGACGUGGACGUGGACGUGGAGGACGUGGACGUGGAGGUGGAUGUGGUGUGGUCACGAAGACGUGGACGUGGAUGGGUCGUGGACGUGGAUGUGGACGUGGACGUGGACGUGGAUGUGGACGUGGACGUGGACAUGGUCGUGGACGUGGACGAAGACGUGGUCGUGGACGUGGACGUUGACGUGGACGUGGUCGUUGACGUGGACGUGGACGUGGACGUGGAGGACGUGGACGUGGACGUGGAGGACAAGGACGUGGACGUGGACGUGGACGUGGACCUGGAUGUGGACGUGGACGUUGACGUGGACGUGGUCGUGGACGUGGACGUGGACGUGGAGGACGUGGACGUGGACAUGGAGGACGAAGACGUGGACGUGGACGUGGACGUGGACCUGGACAUGGACGUGGACGUGGACUUGGACGUGGUCGUGGACGUGGACGUGGACGUGGAUGUGGACGUGGACGUGGACGUGGUCGUGGACGUGGUCGUGGACGUGGACGUGGACAUGGACGUGGACGAGGUCAUGGACAUGGACGUGGACUUGGUCGUGGUCGUGAACGUGGACGUGGACGUGGUCGUGGACGUGGACGUGGACAUGGACGUGGUCGUGGACUUCGACGUGGACGUGGACGUGGUCGUGGACGUGGACGUGGACAUGGACUUGGACGUGGACGUGGUCGUGGACGUAGACGUGGACGUGGACGUGGACGUGGUCGUGGACGUGGACGUGGACGUGGACGUGGUCGUGGACGUGGACGUGGUCGUGGACGUGGACGUGGUCGUGGACAUGGACGUCGACGUGGUCGUGGACGAGGACGUGGACGUGGUCGUGGAUGUGGACGUGGACGUGGACGUGGAGGACGUGGACGUGGACGUGGAGGACGACGACGUGGACGUGGACCUGGACGUGGACGUGGACUUGGACAUGGACGUGGACGUAGACGUGGUCGUGGACGUGGACGUGGUCGUGGACGUGGACGUGGACGUGGUCGUGGACGUGGACGUGGACCUGGACGUGGACGUGGACGUGGACGUGGACUUGGACGUGGACUUGGACGUGGACGUAGACGUGGACCUGGACGUGGUCGUGGACGUGGUCGUGGACGUGGACGUUGACGUGGACGUGGACGUGGUUGUGUACGUGGACGUGGACCUGGACGUGGACGUGGAUUUGGACGUGGACGUGGACGUGGAUGUGGACGUGGACUUGGACGUGGACGUGGACGUGGACGUGGACGUGGACGUGGUCGUGGACGUGGACGGGGACGUGGACGUGGAGGACGUGGACGUGGACGUGGAGGACGUGGACGUGGACGUGGACGUUGACGUGGAAGUGGACGUGGACGUGGACGUGGAGGACGUGGACAUGGACUUGGACGUGGACGUGGAAGUGGACGUGGACGUGGACGUGGUCAUGGACGUGGACGUGGACUUGGACGUGGACGUGGACGUUGACGUGGAGGACGUGGACGUGGACGUGGAGGAGGUGGACGUGGACGUGGAGGACGUGGACGUGGAGGUGGAUGUGGCGUGGUCACGUGGACGUGGACUUGGAUGGGUCGUGGACGUGGACGUGGACGUGGACGUGGACGUGGAUGUGGACGUGGACGUGGACGUGGACGUGGUCGUGGACGUGGACGAAGACGUGGUCAUUGACGUGGACGUGGACGUUGACGUGGACGUGGUCGUUGACGUGGACGUGGACGUGGAUGUGGAGGACGUGGACGUGGACGUGGAGGACAAGGACGUGGACGUGGACGUGGACGUGGACGUGGACCUGAACGUGGACGUGGACGUUGACGUGGACGUGGUCGUGGACGUGGACGUGGACGUGGAGGACGUGGACGUGGACGUGGAGGACGAGGACGUGGACGUGGACGUGGACGUGGAAUUGGACGUGGACGUGGACGUGGACGUGGUCGUGGACGUGGACGUGGUCGUGGACGUGGACGUGGUCGUGGACGUGGACGUGGAUGUGGACGUGGACCUGGACGUGGUCGUGGACGUGGACGUGGACGUGGAUGUGGUCAUGGACGUGGACGUGGACGUGGACGUGGACGUGGACAUGGACGUGGACGUGGACUUGGACGUGGUCGUGGACGUGGAAUUGGACGUGGACGUGGACCUGGACCUGGUCGUGGACGUGGACGUGGACGUGGAUGUGGACUUGGACGUGGACGUGGACGUGGACGUGGACGUGGACCUGGACGUGGUCGUGGACGUGGACGUUGAUGUGGACGUGGACGUGGACGUGGACGUGGAGGUGGAUGUGGCGUGGUCGAGGAGGACGUGGACACGUGGACGUGGAUGGGUCGUGGACGUGGACGUGGACGUGGAUGUGGACAUGGACGUGGACGUGGACGUGGUCGGGGACAUGGACGAAGACGUGGUCGUGGACGUGGACGUGGACGUUGACGUGGACGUGGUCGUUGACGUGGACGUGGACGUGGACGUGGAGGACGUGGACGUGGACGUGGAGGACAAGGACGUGGAUGUGGACGUGGACGUGGACCAGGACGUGGACGUGGACGUUGACGUGGACGUGGUCGUGGACGUGGACGUGGAGGACGUGGACGUGGACGUGGAGGACAAGGACGAGGACGUGGACGUGGACGUGGACGUGGACCUGGACGUGGACGUGGACGUGGACGUGGACGUGGUGGUGGACGUGGACGUCGACGUGGUCGUGGACGUGGUCGUGGACGUGGACGUGGACGUGGACGUGGAUGUGAACGUGGACGUGGAUGUGGACGUACUCGUCGACAUGGAAGUGGACGUGGACGUGGUCGUGGACGUGGACGUGGACAUGGACCUGGACCUGGACGUGGACUUGGACGUGGACGUGGACGUGGACGUGGACGUCGACGUGGAGGACAUGGACGUGGACGUGGAGGACGUGGACGUGGACGUGGACGUGGAGGACCUAGACGUGGACGUGGACGUGGACCUUGACGUGGAGGACGUGGACGUGGACGUGGAGGACGUGGUCAUGGACGUGGACGUGGACGUGGUCGUGGACGUGGAGGACCUGGACGUGGACGUGGACGAAGACGUGGACAUGGAGGGGUCGUGGACGUGGACGUGGUCGUGGUCACGUGGACGUGGACGUGGUCACGUGGACGUGGACAUGGACGUGGACGUGGACGUGGUCGUGGACGUGGACGUGGACGUGGACGUGGUCGUGGACGUGGACGUGGACGUGGUCGCUGAUGUGGACGUGGACGUGGACGUGGACCUGGACGUUGACGUGGAUGUGGUCCAGGACUUGGACGUGGAUGUGGACGUGGACGUGGACGUGGUCGUGGACGUGGAUGUGGACGUGGACGUGGACGUGGAUGUGGACCUGGACGUGGACGUGGACCUGGACGUGGACGUGGAUGUGGAUGUGGACAUGGUCGUGGACGUCGACGUCGACAUCGACGUGGACGUGGACGUGGAUGUGGACGUGGACGUGGACCUAGACGUGGACGUGGAGGUGGACGUGGACCUGGACGUGGACGUGGACGUGGACAUGGACAUGGACGUGGACGUGGACGUGGUUGUGGACGUGGACAUGGUCGUGGACAUGGUCGUGGACGUGGACGUGGACGUGGACAUGAACGUGGUCGUGGACGUCGACGUGAACGUGGACAUGGACGUAGAUGUGGACGUGGUCGUGGACGUGGACGUGGACAUGGACGUGGACGUGGUCGUGGACGUGGACGUAGACGUGGUCGUGGUCGUGAACGUGGACAUGGACGUGGACGUGGACUUGGACGUGGACGUGGACGUGGACAUAGACGUUGUGGACGUGGACGUGGACCUGGACCUGGACCUGAACGUGGACAUGGACGUGGACGUGGACGUGGACUUGGACGUGGACGUGGACGUGGACGUGGUGGACGUGGACGUGGACGUGGAGGACGUGGACGUGGACGUGGACCUGAACGUGGACCUGGACAUGGACUUGGACGUGGACGUGGACGUGGACGUAGAUAUGGACGUGGACGUGGACAUGGACGUGGACGUGGACGUGGACGUGGACAUGGACGUGGACCUGGACGUGGACGUGGACGUGGACGUGGAUGGGAUGUGGACGUGGACGUGGACGUGGACGUGGACGUGGACGUGGAUACCUGGACCUGGUUUGGACGUGGACGUGGACGUGGACGUGGACGUGGUCGUGGACGUGGACCUGGACAUGGACGUGGACGUGGUUGUGGACGUGGUCGUGGACCUGGACCUGGACGUGGACUUGGACGUGGACGUGGACGUGGACGUGGACGUGGUCGUGGACGUGGACGUGGACGUGGACGUGGACGUGGAUGUGGACGUGGUUGUGGACGUGGACCUGGACGUGGACGUGGACGUGGUUGUGGACGUGGACAUGGACGUGGACGUGGACCUGGACGUGGACAUGGACGUGGACGUGGACGUUGUUGUGGACGUUGACGUCGACCUGGACGUGGACGUGGACGUGGAUGUGGUCGUGGACGUGGACGUCGACGUGGACGUGGACGUGGACAUGGUCGUGGACGUAGACGUGGACGUGGACGUGGUCGUGGACGUAGACGUGGACGUGGACCUUGACGUGGACGUGGAGGUGGACGUGGACCUGGACGUGGACGUGGACUUGGACGUGGACGUGGACGUGGACGUGCUCGUGGACGUGGACAUGGAUGUGGACGUGGUCGUGGAUGUAGAUGUGGACCUGGACGUGGACGUGGUCGUGGACGUGAACGUGGACGUGGACCUGGACAUAGACGUGGACGUAGACGUGGACGUGGUCGUCGACGUGGACGUGGACGUGGACGUGGUCGUGGACGUGGACGUGGACGUGGACGUAGACGUGGACUUGGACGUAGACCUGGACCUGGACAUGGACGUGGACGUGGUCGUGGACGUGGACGUGGACCUGGACGUGGACGUGGACGUGGACGUGGACGUGGACGUGGACAUGGUCGUGGACGUGGACGUGGACGUGGAAGUGGACGUGGACCUAGACCUGGACGUGGACGUGGAGGUGGACAUGGACUUGGACGUGGACGUGGUCGUGGACGUGGACGUGGACGUGGACGUGGACGAGGUCGUGGACGUGGACGUGGACGUGGACGUGGACGUGGUCGUGCACGUUGACGUGGACCUGGACCUGGACGUGGACGUGGAGGUGGACGUGGACCUGGACGUGGACGUGGACUUGGACGAGGACGUGGACGUGGACGUGGAGGUGGUCGUGGACGUGGACGUGGACGUGGACGUGGUCGGGGACGUGGACUUGGACGUGGACGUGGUCGUGGACCUGGACGUGGACGUGGACGUGGACCUGGACCUGGACGUGGACGUGGACGUGGACGUGGUCGUAGACGUGGACAUGGACGUGGACGUGGUCGUAGACGUGGACGUGGUUGUGAACGUGGACGUGGACGUGGACAUGGACUUGGACGUGGACGUGGACAUGGACCUGGACGUGGACGUGGAUGUGGAUGUGGACCUGGACGUGGAAGUGGACGUGGACGCGGACGUGGACGUGGACGUGGUCGUGGACGUGGACGUGGACGUGGAGGAUUUGGACGUGGACGUGGAUGUGGACGUUGACGUGGACGUGGUCGUGGACGUGGACGUGGACUUGGACGUGGACGUGGACGUGGACGAGGACGUGGACGUGGAUGUGGACGUGGUCGUGGACGUGGACGUGGAUGUGGACGUGGACCUGGACGUGGACCUGGAUGUGGUCGUGGACUUGGACGUGGACGUGGACUUGGACGUGGACGUGGACGUGGACGUGGACCUGGACGUGGACCUGGACGUGGUCGUGGACGAGGUCGUGGACGUGGACGUGGACUUGGACUUGGACGUGGACGUGGAUGUGGACGUGGACGUGGUCGUGGACGUGGACGUGGACGUGGACGUGGUCGUGGACGUGGACGUGGACGUGGACGUGGACUUUGACGUGGACCUGGACGUGGACGUGGACGUGGUUGUGGACGUGGUCCUGGACGUGGACGUGGACGUGGUCGUGGACGUGGAUGUGGAUGUGGACCUGGACGUGGACGUGGACCUGGACGUGGACGUGGACGUGGUCGUGGAUGUGGACGUGGUUUUGGACGUGGACGUGGUCCUGGAUGUGGACGUGGACGUGGACGUGGACCUGGACGUGGAGGUGGACGUGGACCUGGACGUGGACUUAGACGUCGACGUGGACGUGGACGUGGACGUGGUUGUGGACGUGGACGUGGACGUAGACGUGGACGAAGUCGUGGACAUGGACGUGGACGUGGACGUGGACGUGGACGUAGUCGUGGACGUGGACGUGGACGUGUACGUGGAUGUGGACGUGGACCUGGACGUGGACCUGGACGUGGUCGUGGACGUGGACGUGGACGUGGACGUGGACAUGGACGUGGACGUGGUCGUGGACGUGGACGUGAAUGUGGACGUGGACGUGGUCGUGGACUUGGACGUGGACAAGGACGUGGACAUGGACGUGGACGCGGUUGUGGACGUGGACGUGGUCGUGAACGUGGACGUGGACGUUGACGUGGACUUGGACGUGGACCAGGACGUGGACAUAGACGUGGACGUGGACGUGGACGUGGUCUUGGACCUGGACGUGGACCUGGACGUGGUCGUGGACGAGGUCGUGGACGUGGACGUGGACGUGGACUUGGACUUGGACGUGGGCGUCGAUGUGGACGUGGACGUGGACGUGGUCAUGGACGUGGACGUGGACGUGGAAGUGGACGUGGUCGUGGACGUGGACGUGGACGUGAACCUGGACGUGGACUUGGACGUGGACGUGGACCUGGACGUGGACGUGGACGUGGUUGUGGACGUGGACUUGGACGUGGACGUGGUCGUGGACGUGGACGUGGACGUGGUCGUGGACGUGGACGUGGACGUGGUCGUGGAUGUGGACGUGGACGUGGACGUGGACGUGGACAUGGACGUGGAUGUGGUCGUGGACGUGGACGUGGACGUGGUCGUGAACGUGGACGUGGACAUUGACGUGGACAUAGACGUGGACGUGGACGUGGUCGUGGACGUGGACGUGGACGUGGUCGUGAACGUGGACGUGGACAUUGACGUGGACAUAGACGUGGACGUGGUCGUGGACGUGGACGUGGACGUGGACGUGGACCUGGACCUGGACGUGGACGUGGACGUGUACCUGGACGUGGACGUGGACUUGGACGUGGACGUAGUUAUUGAUGUGGACGUGGAGGACGUGGACGUGGACGUGGAGGACGUGGACGUGGACGUGGACUUGGACGUGGACCUGGACGUGGACGUGGACCUGGACGUGGACGUGGACGUGGACGUGGUCGUUGACGUGGACGUGGGCAAGGACGUGGUCGUGGACGUGGACGUGGACGUGGACCUGGACCUGGACGUGGACGUGGAGGUGGACGUGGACCUGGACGUGGACUUGGACGUGGACGUGGACGUGGACGUGGACGUGGUCGUGGACGUGGACGUGGACGUGAACGUGGACGUGGUCGUGGACGUGGACGUGGACGUGGACGUGGUCGUGGACGUGGACCUGGACAUGGACGUGGUCGUGGACGUGGACGUGAACGUGGACAUGGACGUGGUCGUGGACGUGGAUGUGGACGUGGACGUGUACAUGGACGUGGACGUGGUCGUGGACGUGGAUGUGGACGUGGACGUGGUCGUGAACGUGGACGUGGACGUUGACGUGGAUUUGGACGUGGACCAGGACGUGGACAUAGACGUGGACGUAGACGUGGACGUGGACGUGGACGUGGACGUGUACGAGGACGUGGACGUGGUCGUGGACCUGGACGUGGACGUGGACGUGGACCUGGACCUGGACGUGGACGUGGACGUGGUCGUGGACGUGGACGUGGUCGUGGUCGUGGACGUAGACGUGGACGUGGACUUGGACAUGGACGUGGACUUGGACAUGGACCUGGACAUGGACGUGGACGUGGACGUGGAUGUGGACCCGGACGUGGACUUGGAGGUGGACGUGGACCUGGACGUGGACGUCGACGUGGACGUGGACCUGGACCUGGACCUGGACGUGGACAUGGACUUGGACGUGGACGUGGAUGUGGACGUGGACGUGGACGUGGACGUGGACGUGGUCGUGGACGUGGACCUGGACGUGGACGUGGACGUGGUUGUGGACGUGGACAUGGACGUGGACGUGGACCUGGACGUGGACAUGGACGUGGACGUGGACGUGGACGUGGUCGUGGACGUUGACGUCGACCUGGACGUAUACGUGGACGUGGACGUGGUCGUGGACGUGGAUGUCGACGUCGACGUGGACGUGGACAUGGUCAUGGACGUAGACGUGGACGUGGAUGUGGUCGUGGACGUGGACGUGGACGUGGACCUUGAGGAGGACGUGGAGGUGGACGUGGACCUGGACGUGGAAGUGGACUUGGACGUGGACGUGGACGUGGACGUGCUCGUGGAUGUGGACAUGGACGUGGACGUGGUCGUGGAUGUGGACGUGGACGUAGACGUGGACGUGGUCGUGGACGUGGACGUGGACGUGGUCGUGGUCGCGGACGUGGACGUGGACGUGGACGUAGACGUGGACUUGGACGUAGACCUGGACCUGGACGUGGACGUGGACGUGGUCGUGGACGUGGACGUGGACCUGGACGUGGACGUGGACGUGGACGUGGACGUGGACGUGGUCGUGGACGUGGACGUAGACGUGGAAGUGGACGUGGACCUGGACCUGGACGUGGACGUGGAGGUGGACGUGGACUUGGACGUGGACGUGGUCGUGGACGUGGACGUGGACGUGGACGUGGACGUGGUCGUGGAGGUGGACGUGGACGUGGACGUAAACGUGGACAUGGACGUCGACGUGGACGUGGUCGUGGACGUGGACGUGGUUGGGGACGUGGACUUGGACGUGUACGUGGUCGUGGACCUGGACGUGGACGUGGACGUGGACCUGGACCUGGACGUGGACGUGGACGUGGACGUGGUCGUGGACGUGGACGUGGACGUGGACAUGGACGUGGUCGUGGACGUGGUCGUGAACGUGGACGUGGACGUGGACAUGGACUUGGACGUGGACGUGGACGUGGACUUGGACGUGGACGUGGAUGUGGACGUGGACCUGGACGUGGAAGUGGACGUGGACGCGGACGUGGACGUGGACGUGGUCGUGGACGUGGACGUGGACGUGGAGGAUUUGGACGUGGACGUGGACGUGGACGUGGAUGUGGACGUUGACGUGGACGUGGUCGUGGACGUGGACGUGGACUUGGACGUGGACGUGGACGUGGACGAGGACGUGGACGUGGACGUGGACGUGGUCGUGGACGUGGACGUUGAUGUGCACGUGGACCAGGACGUGGACCUGGACGUGGUCGUGGACUUGGACGUGGACGUGGACUUGGACGUGGACAUGGACGUGGACGUGGACGUGGACCUGGACGUGGACGUGGACGUGGUCGUGGACGAGGUCGUGGACGUGGACGUGGACGUGGACUUGGACUUGGACGUGGACGUGUAUGUGGACGUGGACGUGGACGUGGUCGUGGACGUGGACGUGGACGUGGUCGUGGACGUGGACGUGGACGUGGACGUGGACCUUGACGUGGACCUGGACGUGGACGUGGUUGUGGACGUGGUCCUGGACGUGGACGUGGACGUGGACGUGGUCGUGGACGUGGACGUGGUCGUGGACGUGGACGUGGAUGUGUACGUGGACGUGGACCUGGACGUGGACGUGGACGUGGACGUGGUCGUGGAUGUGGACGUGGUUUUGGACGUGGACGUGGUCCUGGAUGUGGACAUGGACGUGGACCUGGACCUGGACGUGGAGGUGGACGUGGACCUGGACGUGGACUUGGACGUGGACGUGGACGUGGACGUGUACGUGGUUGUGGACGUGGACGUGGACGUGGACGUAGUCGUGGACGUGGACGUGGACGUGGACGUGGUCAUGGACGUGGACGUGGACGUCGACCUGGACGUGGUCGUGGACGUGGACGUGGACGUGGACAUGGACGUGGACGUGGUCGUGGACAUGGACGUGAACGUGGACGUGGACGUUGACGUGGACUUGGACGUGGACCAGGACGUGGACAUGGACGUGGACGUGGUUGUGGACGUGGACGUGGUCGUGAACGUGGACGUGGACGUUGACGUGGACUUGGACGUGGACCAGGACGUGGACAUAGACGUGGACAUGGACGUGGACGUGGAUGUGGUCAUGGACCUGGACGUAGACCUGGACGUGGUCGUGGACGAGGUCGUGGACGUGGACGUGGACGUGGUCGUGGACGUGGACGUGGACGUGGACGUGGACGUGGACGUGGGAUGGACGUGGUCACGUGGACGUGGACGUGGACGUGGACGUGGUUGUGGACUAGACUUGGACGUGGACGUGGUCGUGGACGUGGACGUGGUCGUGGACGUGGACGUGGACGUGGUCGUGGACGUGGACGUGGACGUGGUCGUGGACGUGGACGUGGUCGUGGACGUGGUCGUGGACGUGGACGUGGACGUGGACGUGGACAUGGACAUGGACGUGUUCGUGGUCGUGGACGUGGACGUGGACGUGGACGUGGUCGUAAACGUGGACGUGGACAUUGACGUCGUGGAUGUGGACGUGGACGUGGACCUGGACCUGGACGUGGACGUGUACCUGGACGUGGACGUGGACUUGGACGUGGACGUAGACAUUGACGUGGACGUGGAGGACGUGGACAUGGACGUGGAGGACGUGGACGUAGACGUGGACGUCGACUUGGACGUGGACCUGGACGUGGACGUGGACCUGGACGUGGACGUGGACGUGGACGUGGUCGUGGACGUGGACGUGGACGUGGUCGUGGACGUGGAUGUGGACGUGGACCUGGACGUGGACCUGGACGUGGUCGUGGACUUGGACGUGGACGUGGACUUGGACGUGGACGUGGACGUGGACGUGGACGUGGACGUGGACCUGGACGUGGACGUGGACGUGGUCGUGGACGAGGUCGUGGACGUGGACGUGGACGUGGACUUGGACUUGGACGUGGACGUGGAUGUGGACGUGGACGUGGACGUGGUCGUGGACGUGGACGUGGACGUGGUCGUGGACGUGGACGUGGACGUUGACGUGGACCUGGACGUGGACGUGGACGUGGUUGUGGACGUGGUCGUGGACGUGGACGUGGACGUGGACGUGGUCGUGGACGUGGACGUGGAUGUGUACCUGGACGUGGACGUGGACCUGGACGUGGACGUGGACGUGGACGUGGUCGUGGAUGUGGACGUGGUUUUGGACGUGGACGUGGUCCUGGAUGUGGACAUGGACGUGGACCUGGACCUGGACGUGGAGGUGGACGUGGACCUGGACGUGGACUUGGACGUGGACGUGGACGUGUACGUGCUUGUGGACGUGGACGUGGACGUGGACGUGGACGUAGUCGUGGACGUGGACGUGGACGUGGACGUGGUCAUGGACGUGGACGUGGACGUCGACUUGGACGUGGUCGUGGACGUGGACGUGGACGUGGACAUGGACGUGGACGUGGUCGUGGACAUGGACGUGAACGUGGACGUGGACGUUGACGUGGACUUGGACGUGGACCAGGACGUGGACAUGGACGUGGACGUGGUUGUGGACGUGGACGUGGUCGUGAACGUGGACGUGGACGUUGACGUGGACUUGGACGUGGACCAGGACGUGGACAUAGACGUGGACAUGGACGUGGACGUGGACGUGGUCGUGGACCUGGACGUGGACCUGGACGUGGUCGUGGACGAGGUCGUGGACGUGGACGUGGACGUGGACGUGGACUUGGACUUGGACGUGGACGUGGAUGUGGACGUGGACGUGGACGUGGUCGUGGACGUGGACGUGGUCGUGGUCGUGGACGUGGACGUGGACGUGGACCUGGACGUGGACUUGGACGUAGACGUGGACGUGGACGUGGACGUGGACGUGGUUGUGGACGUGGACUUGGACGUGGACGUGGUCGUGGACGUGGACGUGGUCGUGGACGUGGACGUGGACGUGGUCGUGGACGUGGACGUGGACGUGGUCGUGGACGUGGACGUGGACGUGGUCGUGGACGUGGUCGUGGACGUGGACGUGGACGUGGACGUGGACGUGGACAUGGACAUGGACGUGUUCGUGGUCGUGGACGUGGACGUGGACGUGGUCGUAAACGUGGACGUGGACAUUGACGUGGACAUAGACGUCGUGGAUGUGGACGUGGACGUGGACCUGGACCUGGACGUGGACGUGUACCUGGACGUGGACGUGGACUUGGACGUGGACGUAGACAUUGACGUGGACGUGGAGGACGUGGACAUGGACGUGGAGGACGUGGACGUAGACGUGGACGUCGACUUGGACGUGGACCUGGACGUGGACGUGGACCUGGACGUGGACGUGGACGUGGACGUGGUCGUGGACGUGGACGUGGACGUGGUCGUAGACGUGGACGUGGACCUUGACCUGGACGUGGACGUGGAGGUGGACGUGGACCUGGACGUGGACUUGGACGUGGACGUGGACGUGGACGUGGUCGUGGACGUGGACGUGGACGUGGACGUGGACGUGGUCGUGGACAUGGACGUGGAGGUGGACGUGGUCGUGGACGUGGACGUGGACAUGGACGUGGACGUGGACAUGGACGUGGUCGUGGACGUGGACGUGGUCGUGGACGUGGACGUGGACAUGUACAUGGACGUGGACGUGGUCGUGGACGUGGAUGUGGACGUGGACGUGGUCGUGAACGUGGACGUGGACGUUGACGUGGACUUGGACGUGGACCAGGACGUGGACAUAGACGUGGACGUGGACGUGGACGUGGUCGUGGACGUGGACGUGGUCGUGGACGUGGACGUGGUCGUGGACCUGGACGUGGACGUGGACUUGGACGUGGACGUGGACUUUGACGUGCACGUGGACGUGUAG